CCACAGUGUGAGUGUCAGUGAGUAUGUGUUGGUGUGUUUCCAGUCUUCCACAGUGGUCUGAAUGGUCCCCGUGGUCGUACUGUAACGUCCUGUGUGGGGACGGAGUGAUGCAGAGGAAGAGGACGUGUUUUGCUUUCGGCCUAUCAGAGUGCGAGAACGCUGAGGACAAACUGCAGACGCAACCCUGCGCGGGCAGCUGCUGCGACGCUAAGGGGUGGGGCUUGUGGCUCAGCUGGUCAGCAUGCUCGGUGUCCUGCGGAGAAGGCGGAGUCAGAAAGAGAACCAGAGUCUGCUCUGACCCUCCUGAGUGUCAGUCGGCCUGCGGCGGCUCUUCAGAGGAGACAGAGAGCUGUCCACCGCUCACCUGUCCAGUUCAUGGCGGUUGGUCGAGUUGGUCUGGUUGGUCUCAGUGUUCUGGGGCGUGUAUCGAUGACCAGCGUGGUGACGCCACCCCCCCCACCAGGAGGCGAUAUCGUUCCUGCUCUAACCCCGCCCCUUCUGGUGACACAGUGCCACCUGGCAACAGUUGCCCUGGAGACGAAGUCCAGGUCCAGGACUGCAGCGAACUCCCCAACUGUCCAGUGGACGGCAGCUGGGGGGCGUGGUCUCCGUCCGGGACAUGCUCCGUCCCCUGUGGGGAGGGGCUUCAGCUGGCAGUCAGGAAGUGCAAUCAACCCGCCCCUAAAUAUGGCGGCCGUUUCUGUGAGGGACAGAGCACCCGGACCAGCGUCUGUGAGAACACCUGUCCUGGUAACACACACUCACACACACACACACACAGCGGUCAUCUGCUGUACAGCACAAAGGGGCCUGCGCUGUGGCCUCCGCUGCCCAAUAGCAGCGACUGA